AGAUGGCAGGAGCAGUGGAAUAGAAACCCUAAGGGCAGGCAUCUAUUCCAAGUACAAAGGAAAGUCGGGGAGGGGAAGACGGCAGGAAGAGACAGAAGAGAGGAGGUGUGAUAGGAAAGCAUCCGACAGGAAAGUGUGAUUAUUGCCAGGAAACAGAGACAGUGGAGCAUGUACUGAUACAGUGUGGGCAGUAUGAGAGGGAAAGAGAGAGGCUGAGAUCCAGUAUGAGGGAGAAGGGGAUACAGGAAAUGAGUUUAAAAAGCAUACUGAGUAUAACGUCAUUAGAUACAGUCUCAAAUAUUUUGUUAUAUUUUUAAAGAGAAACGGGGCUGGCAGGUAGGAUUUAGUUUCUUCCAGUCUGUGGCCCACACUCAACUACAGUAUGUGGCGGUAAUGCACCAUAACGUUGGAUGCCAACUGCGGAUAAACCCCACCGAAGAAGAAAAUGACCGGCUACGGAAAUGACAUACGCUGGAGGAAAAAAAUGCUAGCAGUAGCCACUCUUUGCUCACGUCUGUCUUUGCCGUUAGCUACCUUCUGUAGCGUUUAAUGAUUGCACCGUUUCACAAUAUCCUCAAUAUAUAUGUAUUUUUUACCAUUGCAGUAACCUCUGUGUCGUUUUUUUUACAAACUCAUUGGCUUGUAAUUUAAAAAAAAUCGAAAUUCAAGUUACCUAAUCUAUCGAUUGGUUCGGGGGAUUCUACAUGAAUAUCUAGCUAGCUAGCUAGCCUGCUACAGUCAAAAUGGCGGACAACGAGGAUGAGAGUGAUGUGUCAAGUACAACAACAGGGGCAGAUCAUGGUACGAUAUAUCAAGUUCAAUGUGUUUCUGGAUUGCAAGUAAAUGAAACCCCUACAGAAUUGGAAAACGAGAACCAAGUCGGCGAGAAAUGUAUUGAAGCGCAAGGCUUGACAGAUUUUCUGCAAAGCUGCACAGAAGAGGAGACAUUCGUUGCAAAGGACUCCCAAGUGGUUGUCAGCCAAACUGAGGAAAAUGAACAACAAUCUGAACAAAACAUAACGUCUAUUGUUGAGACUUCAGGUAUUGCAACUGGUGCAGAGUAUUCUACAGUCAGUGCUGACUUUGUAAACGCUCUUGCACCUGGAACCACCAUUAUUUAUGUGCAACCAGACGGUAGUUUUGUUGAAGGAUCAGGUCUGACUGCAGAGGAGCAGCAACAGCUAGUGGAGCAGUUGGCCAAACAGCAGCUUGUCACAGUGACAGAGAGUGAGGCUGUUCGCCUGUUUGAACAAAAUCAAGUCAUCAAAACACUCCCUACUACUUCAUCACAGACACAGUAUACCAUUCCCAGUACAGCACUGGCUCCCAAUGAACUGCAACAAGUGCUAGAGCAAGUGAUCAAAUCUCAGCAAUCCAUGGCCCAGACACCCAAGGAAUCGGAGCAGGUUGUGACCACUCUGGACCCCACAACUGGCUUGUUCACGACUGUUGCAGCUUCAGAGAUUGCAGUAGCAAGCCCACAUCCACUGGUCACUAUGCAGAAUGCAUCACAGCAGCUGAAGAAGGUUGCGAAACAAGUGGCACUUCAGUCCCACAAUGGUACGCACCUGGUCCCGAAAAAGCAGGAAACCAUCCGAAUCCAAGUCCAGAUGCCCUCUGGAAAGCAGGAGGUGAAAGGACCUACGCAGGCUACCAUUUCAAUCCCCCAACAGAAGAAUUUGGCUGUGAGGAGUCAAGGCCAACAGGUCAAAGUGUCUACAAACGGCAGUGUGAGCAGCAGCCCCCAGAUCAUCCACAUCACACCCAUGGUUGGACAGCAACAGUACUUCCUACAGCAGAACCCUGGAGACCCUCCCAUUCAGCUGCUUCUGCAGAGUUCAACCCCCUUGGUUGGCAGCCUGGUUCCCAUUGUGCACAAACUGCCCAUGCCUGUUCAGACCCCUGUCCAGCAGCCUUCUGGUAAGGCCCCGGUCAAUGGCACAGCAGUCACAGCAGUUAAACCUGCCACCACAUCUGUCUCUGUCUCAGCCUCCACAGUGGAAAAAGUAAAAAGGGUCAAAACCAGAGUGAAGAAGGCACCGAAUAUCAAAACGCGUUCUGGGAGGGUGUCCAGACCGCCCAAGUACAAGGUGAAGGACUAUAAGUUCAUCAAGACAGAGGAUUUGGCUGAGAGCCAUCAGUCAGAUUCUGACGAUUACUCUGAGAUCAGUGUGGAGGAAGAUGAGGAUGGCGAGGAUAGUAAAAAGGGAGCAUCAUCUAUGAGUUACAGUCACAAGCGGAAGGCCUUUCAAUGUGAAACGUGCGAUAAGGCUUACAUAGGCCACGGAGGUCUGUCCAGACACUACAGGCUGAAUCCCUCUCACGGUGAACUGAAGUCCACUCCUGAAGGGACCCCUAAAACGGAAAGCCCUGGUAAGAGCGCAGGCGCUGGGGCCGAACAAAAGAAGCCGACUGAAGAGAGUAAUGCCAGCAGUGUUAAAAAUACAUCAGGUCCUGAGAAAAGUGAUGCCACAGAGGAAAAAGCUGCUGCAACUUCAACCACGCAACAAAAAAUUGUACCUUCACAGGUGGAUACCACGGCAACCCAAGGAGUAGCAGCUUCUACCAGACAGGCAGUGGUCCAGGCUCGGGGACCAGGGAGGCCCAGAGGACGGGGCAGACCACCUACCAAAGGCCUGCCGAUCGUGGCAGCACAUCCAGCAGUGAGACGGGGGCGUCGGGGCCGACCCCCAAAGCUAGGAGGGGGAGUAGCCAGUGUGGAGCAGCAGGCCCAGAGAAGGAAAGCACGGCUCAAAGAGGUGACACACGAGUGUGAUAAUGAAGAACUGAUGGAGACUGUGCUCCCUCGUCUGGCUAAGGUCAUGACUGUCUGGGAGUUCCUCUUGAUGAAGGUGGAGAAGGGGCGGCAACCCAAAACCCAGUUUUCGGAUGUGUACCGAGAGUUUGAGCAGCUCCACAGCCAGGUGAAGAAGAUGGCCCAGGACUAUAUCAGUAACCCUCAGGGUGUCCACACGGCCUUGGAGGUCCACAAUGUAGAGGUUGCCAAAUCUCUUGGCAUCUUCGAUGAGGUGAACAAGUUGAAAGUCCUGAACCCUCCAACGCAGCAGAAUGUCACCAACAUGGCAACCAAGAAUGUCCGCUACAUGGAGAAUUCUAAAAUGUUACCUCCAACGAAGAGAUUUAAAAUGGAAAACCGGGCUGGUGUUCAAAUCCAUCAGAAUGGCAUUGAGACUUCCAAAAAAGAAUCCAGUGAGGCCAAAGUAGAGAACACCGCAACAACAAGCAUGAAGGACAUUUUACAACAAACUCAGACACCCACCAAGAGCCCCGCGGGCCCUCAAGCCACUCAGACUGCUAUUGUCAAACCACAGGUUGUCUCAUCUAACCCAGAGAUGAACGUAACACCCAUGGAACUGAUCCAGGAUCACUUAUCCAACAGCAUGACAGAGACGGUUGGCUCAGUGGGAGGAGAGGAGGCCAUGGAGACAGGUCAGGGUGCGUCUGGUACGGAACCAACCGAGGUCCUGAGCACCACUGACAUAGCAGAUCAGAUGAAAGAGUUAGAGAAGGCCUUGGCCACAGACCCAGUCCCAGUAGAUCAGCAGCCCAGGAGUAGUAGCACUCAGCCGCAUCAGCCCGACAGUACCCUAGUCCAGCAGAGCGGCCUGACCCAGGCUGUCUCCACCUCCAGCGGAGGCCAGGUGGUGGUUCAGGAGGCCCAGGGCAGCCAGGAAGGCCAGGAGAUCUACAUCCAGACCGAGGGGCUCACCAUGCACCUAGCAGAGGGCCAGGAGGGCGACAUGGCCUCUGAGCGCAUUGUCAUCGUCAACGGGCCUGACGGCACCACCAUGCACAUCCGCGCCCCUGAAGGAGUCUCUCUGGAAGCAGUCCAUGCCCUGCUUGGUAUUGAGGCUGAGGGGAAAACACAGCAGUGAUUUGUUGUUUCUCCAUAUCCGACCCUCUCAACAUCCCCCAUAUAGAUUUUUUCCAUCUGGUGGAUUUUUAUUGUAUUCCAAGUGUUCUUUAUGAAUUUGUAAACAUUCUUUUCGAUGUGGUGUUUUCAUAUUUCGACAAAUUAAUAGCCCUUCCUUUAAAAAGUGUUUAGUUGUUUGUGAUAUGUUUAUAUGUAGAUAAAUAUCAAAAGCAGUUUAAAAAAAGUUGCACUAUUUUAUUACUUUUUAUAUAUUUGGGCGUAACAUUUUCCAAACAUAAAAUAGGUUUGUAAUACCAUGGGAAAUUGAUUCAAUGGAGGGGAAACUUAAAAAGAUAAAUGUUAAAGUUGUGGUUUUA